UCUCUUUCAAAUGUUUCUUUUCUUUUGCAGCCAAUACAUUAUGUUGGAAUUUUUUCACUGUUUCUGAAUUUAACUUUUGCAAUUGCUUCUUUAUAUUUUUGUUAUCGCUGUUCAGGAAUAGAGAAAAAUGCUGUCACAACACAAGGACCAGGGAUUAUACAUCUGCCAACUGAUAGAAAUGAAGCACUUAGACCUCCAGAAUACACUGCUUAUCCUUCAGAAAUGCCUCCACAAUACACUACUUCUCUUCCAGACGCCACUGAAGAACAUAAGCCUCCAGAAUACACUGCUUAUCCUUCAUAUGUUGUGGGAGCAGAAAUGCCUCCACAAUACAAUGCUUCUCUUUCAGAUGUCACUGAAGAACAUAUGCCUCCACAAUACACUGCUUCUCCAUUAUAUACUGCUGGAGCAGAAAUGCCUCCACAAUACAAUGCUUCUCUUUCAGAUGUCACUGAAGAACAUAUGCCUCCACAAUACACUGCUUCUCCAUCAUAUACUGCUGGAGCAGAAAUGCCUCCACAAUACAAUGCUUCUCUUCCAGAUGCCACUGAAGAACAUAUGCCUCCACAAUACACUGCUUCUCCAUCAUAUACUGCUGGAGCAGAAAUGCCUCCACAAUACAAUGCUUCUCUUCCAGAUGUCACUGAAGAACAUAUGCCUCCACAAUACACUGCUUCUCCAUCAUAUACUGCUGGAGCAGAAAUGCCUCCACAAUACAAUGCUUCUCUUCCAGAUGCCACUGAAGAACAUAUGCCUCCACAAGACACUGCUUCUCCAUCAUAUACUGCUGGAGCAGAAAUGCCUCCACAAUACAAUGCUUCUCUUCCAGAUGCCACUGAAGAACAUAUGCCUCCACAAGACACUGCUUCUCCAUCAUAUACUGCUGGAACAGAAAUACCUCCACAAUACAAUGCUUCUCCUCCAGAUGCAGAUGCUACAAAAGAACUAUGCCUUCAUCAACUACCCAAUGAAAGGGAAUAGAAUUUUCAUACUUUGUGCAA